UCUCUCUCUCUCUCUCUCUCUCUCACUCAAGAAACAAACUUGUUAUUCUCUCUCCGGAUUGGGUUGGUGAAUUGAAGGAAUAAAUGUGCAAAAAAUAAUGCUAAAAAAUUGGUUUUUCUCUUGAAUACAAGAGUCUGAUUCUCAUCUCCCAACUCACAAGCAAGUCCUGCCUCCGUAGCUUCUUCCCUUUUUCUCCCAUGACGCCUUCUCUCUCUUCGUCUCUCUGGCAAUUUCUUCAUCUUUCUAUUCCAAAUUUCAUACUCUGAUAGUUAUCUAUUGGCCCAUUAAAAAACCCAAUUCCAUUCAUGCCCUGUUCAUCUGUUUCUGCCCACCAAUCUCCAGAAACUGUGCCAAAAAUCGUUCCUUUUUUUUCCUUAGCUUACACUUCGAUCGUUUUCAGCCCAAUUGGCAAUUGGGUUUUUGGAGAAUUGCGAGACAGCCAUGUCGCCAGCUCCAAUUGAGCAGGCAUUGCCCGAAUCGUCGUCUUCGAGCUCCCCUGAUGUUCCUGAGAUAUCUGAGGCUGAGAAUCCUCGAUUCAAGGAGCUUAGAGGCGUCCAGUGGCGUAUUAAUCUUGGGAUUUUGCCCUCUUCUUCUUCUUCGUCUUCUUCGUCCUCCAUUGAUGAUCUUCGUCGGGUCACAGCUGAUUGUAGAAGAGGAUAUGCUGGAUUGAGAAGGCGCCUUCUGGUUGAUCCACAUCCCCAAAAGGAUGGGAGUAAUUUCCCUGAUCUGGCCUUAGACAAUCCGCUGUCACAAAACCCAGAUAGCACAUGGGGUCGCUUUUUCCGGAGUGCCGAGCUGGAGAAAAUGGUUGAUCAGGAUUUAUCACGUUUAUACCCAGAACAUGGAAGCUAUUUUCAAACACCAGGAUGCCAAGGCAUGUUGAGAAGAAUCUUGUUAUUGUGGUGUCUUAGAUAUCCAGAGUGUGGUUAUAGACAAGGAAUGCAUGAACUCUUGGCUCCUUUAUUGUAUGUUCUUCAUUUUGAUGUGGAGCGUCUAUCUCAAGUGCGAAAGCUACAUGAAGAUCACUUCACUGAUAAAUUUGAUGGUCUGUCAUUUCAUGAAAGUGAUCUUACAUACAACUUUGAGUUCAAAAAGUUUCCUGACUCCACGGAAGAUGAGAAUGGCUUAGAUGGAACUGCAUUGAAUGUUAAGAGUCUUGAUGAGCUUGAUCCCGAGAUACAGACCAUUGUGAUGCUUAGUGAUGCUUAUGGUGCUGAAGGUGAACUGGGUAUUGUUUUCUCUGAGAGAUUUAUGGAACAUGAUGCGUACUAUAUGUUUGAUGCUCUAAUGAGGGGGGCCCAUGGAUCAGUUUCUAUGGCAGAAUUCUUCUAUCCGUCCCCUGCUGUUGGUUCUCAUACUAAUUUACCUCCUGUCAUUGAAGCAUCUGCUGCGUUGUAUCAUUUGCUGUCCCUUGUUGAUUCGUCUCUACACAGCCACCUUGUUGAGCUUGGUGUUGAACCCCAGUAUUUUGCACUCCGCUGGUUAAGGGUUUUAUUUGGACGUGAAUUUUCACUUGCAAAUCUAUUGAUAAUUUGGGAUGAAAUAUUUGCAUCUGAUAAUGGUAAAUUAUACAAAGGUUCUGAAGAUGAUGCAGCAUCCAGCUUUGCCAUCCUUACUUCACCUCGAGGAGCAUAUAUAUCAGCCAUGGCAGUUUCAAUGUUACUUUAUUUGAGAUCUUCCCUACUUGCCACUGAGAAUGCUACUGCAUGUCUUCAGAGAUUGUUAAAUUUUCCCGAGAAUAUAGAUUUGAAGAAACUGAUACAAAAGGCGAAGUCUUUGCAGGAUCUUGCUUUGAAGAACAAUAGCUCACCCUCAUUACUUUCCUAUUUUGGGCCCUAUGAACAUAGUAAAUCAAUGACUGUAAGAGGUCAUAGCCUUUCAGUUGAUUCCGUAUCUCCAAAAGCACCAAUAAAUCUAGUGCCUGAAAGCUACUGGGAAGAGAAGUGGAGAGUUCUGCACAGGGAAGAAGAAAUAAGGCAAGAUGAUUUGAAAAAACAGGUUCCAAGCCAGAAAAAGCGAUGGACAGAAAAAGUAAAGUUGAGCCUAUCCAGAACAGAAUCUGACCCAUCUCCAUCAAAAUCAGAGAAUGGCAAAAAUAACCCCAGGUUUUCUGUUAGACGAAGGUUGCUGCAAGACCUUUCUCGAGAACUCAGCUCAGAAGAAGAUAUUGAGACAUUGGGUUCUCAUGAAAACAAACUCUCUUCAGAAGUAGAGGUCAACAGAGAAGAUGGUUUCAAUAAGGACCUUAAUUCUGCCACUGAGAAAAGAAGUUUGAAUGGAGAUCCAGCCAGUGAAGAAAAUUCAUCUGUUUUGUCAGAUCCUACUAGUCUUCGUACUGGGGCAAUUGGUCAUGAACUUGAAUCAGAAAAAAGUAGUGUUGCAUCAAAUUUGUCUUUUGACGAAAAUGAUGAUAAUUUGCAGGGUGUGUCAGAGGAGCCACCUCUUCUGGUUUCUGAUCAUCCAAAGGGUGUCUCCCAAACAUCUGAAUGCAGCAAUCAUUCUCCCGGAAAUUCAGUGCCAGGAAAGGAACGGAAACUUCUUUCUGGUAAAUUCCAGAAACUUUGGAAGUUUGGAUGGAAUGCAGCUGGUGAAGAGACAUCCGAGAAAGGACACAAUGCCAUUGAGGCUACGAAGUCUUCCCAUUGUGAAGGUAAUCAGAACGCAACAAGCUCUUCUGUAGCCGAGGGGUCCUGCAGUUCUUUAGUUAGCCACAAUGGAGAAGCUGUUGACCAGCAUGUGACGGGUAAUUUAAGGAAUCUUGGGCAGUCUAUGAUUGAAAAUAUUCAGGUUAUUGAGUCUGUUUUGCAGCAAGAUCAGGGUGUUCAGGUUGGGUCGUUGGAGAACUUGUCAAAAAACACUUUAGUCGGCAAAGGACAAGUUACGGCCAUGGCAGCUCUAACAGAGCUUCGGAAGAUCAGCAACCUUUUGUCAGAGAUGUGAGGUGUGUGUUAUUUACUGUAACCUGUAUAUAGGUUUUGUAUUUAUCUAUUCAUUUAGUGCAAAAUAAAUUCAGUUCGUUCACUUCUCUUCUCUUACGCUAUCCAGUUUUGGCCGUCGCUAUGACAGACGUGUACAUAUGAAUUUCUGUAAUAACCUUUGAAUCCAAAUGUAUUAUAAGGAGUGCAAUGUCAAUGAAUUUUGCUACACAA